ACUUAGAACACAAUCAUAAUGGAUCUAAUUCAAACCCAAAGAUUAAAGAAAUGGAUUUAUGUGGGUGGGUGAAGAUUGGGGGAAGAUUUAUUUGUAAAGAGAACGAACACAAGAGUCAUGGUGAAGCUUUUUAACCAUGGUGGAAGUUGGAAUUAGUCAAGGUUUUCAAGGUUUUUCCUUCCCUUUCUCUGUUAGGUGGCUCCCAUUCUAUAGAAACAGAAACAAAGAACACAAAACCAAGCAUGUUCUUCUAGAAAAAAUGGUUGAGAGAGUAGAAAAUUAGGUUAACCAAUGCGAGUUGUUGAACAUGGACAGAGACACAUGAAGCAACCAAGAAUGAACACAAAUUCAUGAAGCUUUUUCAUUAUAAAUACUCCUUUUCUUCUCUCUUCUCUCUCCCUCAACCAAACUGAAACAAUUACCUGAAUCAAUUCAAGCUUUUUGAGGAGUUCGCCAUGGAAAUGAAGCUCCAAAGCUGCUUCUCUGUUUUGAUCGUCUUGUCUUUGUGUCUCUCUGUUUCAGCUCAGAGUUGCAGAAGCUACAAUGGGUUUGCCAAUAAUCAAGUGUUUGCAGCGUGUGUGGAUCAUCCUGUGCUCAACUCUGUCCUUCAUUGGACUUAUAUUGAAUCAAACAAUACCUUGAGAAUUGCCUUCAGACGCCCUUCCACCACUGCCAAUCAAUGGAUUGCUUGGGGUAUUAACCCUCAGGGCUUGGCCAUGUUUGGGACUCAAGCGCUUGUUGCUCAUCAGAACUCCACUGGUGGCACUCAUGCUUACACUUCCAGUUUGAAUCCCCCUGGUCCAACCCUGCAACAGAGCGAUUUGAGAUAUGGGGUUUCUGAACUUUCAGCCACUCAUGUCAACGACGAGAUGACUCUUUUUGCAACUAUUACGCUUCCUGCCGGUAUGACCACCAUCAAUCAGGUAUGGCAGGAAGGCCCUAUGGCGGGUGGUGCUCCAAGCGCCCAUGCGCUCACCAACGACAACAGAGCCUCAAGAAAUACCCUCGAUUUGCUUACUGGGUCUAGCACGGCGGCGGUGGAUUCGGUUCUCAAGAGGAGAAACACUCAUGGAGUUUUGAACGCCGUUAGUUGGGGUACUUUGAUGCCGAUGGGUGCCAUUUUCGCUAGGUAUUUGAAGGUUUUCAAAGGUGCAGAUCCGGCCUGGUUUUACCUCCACGUCGCUUGCCAAUCCUCCGCCUACGCCGUCGGUGUCGCCGGUUGGGCUACCGGCAUAAAACUCGGCAGCGAUUCCGUUGCUGUUCAAUACAACACCCAUCGCAACAUCGGAAUCACCCUCUUCGUCUUCGGAACUCUUCAGGUAAACGAAACCCUAAAACCCCAAAUCCAAAAAUCCAAAAAUCAAAACCCCAAAUCAAAAUUUAUCAAAAUCCUUACUGGGUUUUGUUCAUUUCAGGUUUUCGCGCUGCUUCUGAGGCCGAACAAGGAUCACAAAUACAGAAUCUACUGGAACAUAUACCACCACUCGAUCGGAUACAGUGUGAUAGCUCUGAGCAUCGCCAACGUGUUUGAAGGGCUAAGCAUCUUGAGCCCCGAUGACAAAUGGAAACGGGCUUACACCGGAAUCAUCAUCUUCUUGGGCGCCGUCGCCGUCGUUCUGGAAGUGAUCACAUGGGUCAUCGUCAUCAAGCGAAAGAGAUCCAACUCUGAUAAGUUUCCUCAUAACAUCAAUGGCGUCAAUGGGAUGAAUGGACAUGCUAAUAGGGUUUGAUCAUUCCCGAGAGUCUCUGAUUUUGGGGGUUUUUUUUUUUUUUUUUGAUUUUACAUUUCGAGUGUUCUUCUUUGUUUUUGUGUUUUUUUCUUAUUUGGGAUUAGUAGUAGCGAUGAUCAUAUUGUAGAAUAUUAUUUGUUAUUAUAUUUAUACAUAAUUCUUUUUUCUCA